CCCAGAUCGUGGUAAAUAAGAGCCUCGUUGCCCUGCGCUGCCCCGCCAUGCCGCCUGACGUCGCCCACCACUAGAGCUCCCAGCAGCAGAGAUGCCCCCAACAAAAGCAACCAUUCUGGGCAUUGGAGCUGGUGCUGCCACAAUUGCUUCAUUGGCCUACCUAUACAGAUCGCCGUACGUGCUAAAAUCGCUCACAGAAAAUUUUUGACACAGUCAUUGUGUCAUUCGCAUCUCCAUUCCGUCUAUACAUUCCGCUGCCCUUGACGGAUUUGCUGCUAACCACAAAAUCAGUCGACAACAACCCGCACCCUUAGCCCCCACCAAAAUGUCUCUCUCAAACAAGCUUUCGAUAACGGACGUCGACGUCAAGGGGAAGAGGGUGUUAAUGCGUGUUGACUUCAACGUGCCAUUGGAUGCCGAUAAGAAGAUUACCAACAAUCAGCGCAUCGUGGGUGCCCUUCCCAGCAUCAAAUACCUCAUCGAGCAUGGCGCAUCUGUCGUGACUUUGAUGUCACACCUUGGACGGCCAGACGGGAAAGUGAACGAGAAGUACUCGCUCAAGCCUGUCGUGCCCGAACUGGAAAAGCUUCUGGGGAGAAAGGUGAUUUUCUGCAACGACUGCGUCGGUCCUGAGGUCGAAAAGACCGUCAAUGAGGCAAAAGAUGGACAGGUCAUUCUGCUGGAGAACUUGCGAUUCCACCCCGAGGAAGAAGGCAGUAGCAAAGAUGCUGAAGGAAAGAAGGUCAAGGCCGAUAAAGCAGCCGUCGAUGCCUUCAGAAAAGGUCUCACUGCUCUCGCCGAUGUGUACAUCAACGACGCGUUCGGAACUGCCCACCGAGCCCACAGCUCCAUGGUCGGAAUUGAUGUUCCCCAGAAAGCAUCCGGUUUCCUUGUCAAGAAAGAACUCGACUACUUCGCGCAGGCCCUUGAAAAUCCUAAACGCCCGUUCCUCGCCAUUCUCGGCGGUGCUAAGGUUUCUGAUAAGAUUCAACUCAUCGACAAUCUGCUCGGUAAGGUGGACAGCUUGAUCAUCUGCGGCGGAAUGGCAUUCACAUUCAAGAAGACACUCGAAAAUGUCAAGAUCGGCAACAGCUUGUUCGACGAGGCGGGCAGCAAGACUGUGGCAGAUCUGGUUAAGAAGGCAAAGGAAAACAACGUCAAGAUUGUCCUGCCUGUGGACUACGUGACUGCGGAUAAGUUCGACAAGGACGCUGCUACUGGUUAUGCGACCGACGAGGAGGGCAUCCCAGAUGGCUGGAUGGGCUUGGAUUGCGGAGAGAAGAGUGUCAAGCUGUUCAAAGAGACUAUUGAUGAGGCACAGACCAUUCUGUGGAACGGUCCUCCAGGCGUGUUCGAAUUUGACAAAUUUGCCAACGGCACAAAGGCUACUAUGGAUGCAGCGGUGGCUGCUGCUGCAAAGGGUAAGAUCGUCAUCAUAGGUGGUGGUGACACUGCAACCGUGGCCGCCAAGUAUGGCGUCGAGGACAAGCUGAGCCACGUCUCCACAGGCGGCGGUGCCUCGUUGGAGCUUCUCGAGGGCAAGGAACUGCCAGGUAUUUCUGCCCUGUCCAAUAAGUCGUGAAUGCGAGAACUAGGACAGAAAUGAAAUAGAUACAAACUUUGCAGGCCGAUGUACUCUUCGCGUGACAGGACAUACACAUAUAUAUAUAUACAUAUAUAACGCUAUCGUCUUUAGAUUGGUAGGAAUACCAUCCUUUUUUUCACCUCACGAUUGCCGUGUCUGUCUGCCAGUAUGUCUUCUGUUGGACCUGAUUUCCUCGUCUCCGACUUCGAGGCAGGAUG